UGUUUUGCCCGUUUCCACGAAAGAUCAUAAUUGCGCAUAGAAGCGACGUGUGUGUGAUUUUUUUCCCUACAAACGUGCGGAGUUUUGUGUUCCCUCUUCUACAAAUGCAAUUACAGUAACAACAAAAACACAUAAAAAAGUGCAUUAAAGUAAAGAAGAUAUAAAAUAAAAGAAGUGAUUUUAAAGAAGAAUAAAAAAGAGGAAGUUGCAAAACUAAACCUUUAGAAAUUGCAAUAAUUAAAAAUAAUAAAGAAUAAAUUAAACGAGCCACCUGAAAAAGCCGUUUAAACCUCAAUAAAAAUAAUGCUGAUUUAGAUAAAAUAGCAGCUUGAUAUUAUUUUUCGCCAACUUCUUCUGAGUGAAGUUUUUUUUGUAAAUUUUUUUAAUGUGAAUUUUCGUGAGUGUAUCUGUUCAACGAAGAAGAGAAGCAAAUACAAAAAAAAUAAAGUAAACGAAAAAUAAAUAAAUACAAUUUGUGUACAAUAAAAAGUGAAGUGAAAAUUUUUAAGUAAAUUUGAUUUAUUAAUCAAAUUAUUUAAUUUAUAUAUAAAGAAAAAUAAAAUCAUUCUUUGAAAAAAGUCAGCUACACUUGCGCGUUUUCAACAAAAGUUUCUUUCGAAUCCACUAAAUCUAAUACAGUACAAAAAACAAACGAAUAAGAAAAAAAUUAAACCCACCAUUAAAGGAAUAGAAAGAAACAAAGUGAACAAACAAAUUCAAUAAGAAAAAUAAAUAUGCAGUUGCAAUAAAAAUAAUAAGUAUGCAAGUUAUUUAAUACAUAAUUUGUUAACUAAUGUUUGCUAGAGAAAAUCAUAAAAGUUUGUGUUAAAUUAAUCAAAUAUUACCCAGCAAGUGAUCUUCAAUAUUUGUUUAAAAAAAGUGUUUAAAACAGAAAUUGAAGAAAUAAUACCUACAAAUUUGUGGAUUAAUUUAAAACUGCCGCUAUUUUGUCACGUGAAUUAUUAUUGAGGAUUUUGUCUGUCUGGUUUAUAAAUAACUGAACUGAAACAGACCUUCCCUGAGAGUCUAUAAGUGUUUUAAAGUCCGGCUUCACAAUAACCUUAAAUGUAUUUUUGUGUUCAAAAAAUUUGACUUUCUUUGCCCAUCUUCCUCAAAACAAAUGUUGGCAAUUUUUAAUGUUUAUUUAACUAACAAAACAAAAAAAUAAUAAAAACGGCAACAGCUACAAAUAUGUUUAUGUGAUGCACCACUUGUCUGACUGUCUCUCUUAAACUGACUUUCUGUCUGUCUGUCUGUCUGCCCCAUCUAACAAUUUGAAUUUGUCCUCUUGAAAGUCCAUUGAAUAUUUUCGUUAUUUUUUUUUUGUUAUUAUGCACUUAAUUUUCCUAUAAAUUUUGCAACCACCAAGAGACACUCAUUAAAUCACAUUGAUCUUCUUAACAAAUUGUAUUUUGUAAAAAAUUACCAAAUAAAAAAAGAAGAUAAAUUGUGUUUAAUAUUUGCUGGCUUGACUACGAACACGUGCUGUGGCUUAAUUAAAAGUUUUUGUACGUUUGGAAAAACGAAAAUUUUAAAAAAAAUCCUGCUCAAUUUGGAAGCCAAAUAGAAAAGUGCUGUAAGAACCAACAACAAGAACACAAAGAAAAUAAUGCCAACAACAAACAUUUGCUAAAUGAAAAAUUAUAUAAAUUAAAAGAAAAUUCCACAAUAUGGAUUCCUUAACGUCGAAUAUUGAAGAAAUUCCAACAGAAGAAGAAGUAAUUACUCCUACUGCAACAAGCACUGAGCAAAGUGUAACAACAAAUGCAAACACAAUUGCAACCACAACUGAAACUGCAACUACUGCAGCUACAACAAUUAUUACCAGUAACCAAGAGACUGAUUUAGCGGCCAUGUCUAAAGAUUUAGAAGAAACACCUCAACCACAAAUAAAUGCAACAGCAACGAUGAAUUCUUCUACAUCUGCACCAUUAACUACAACUACUUCCUACAAUUCUAUGUCUAAUGCUAACACUGACACUACAAUUGCAACAAAUUCAUGUGAAACAACAACAGCACCACCAACAACAACAUUAUUAUUAUCAUCUAAUCAAUUUGUAACUCCUCAAAAACCAGAAAAUAAAUCAAUACAAUUACAUGCAUCAGCAUCUACAUCUUUAAAGAAAAAACGUAAUAAAUUUUCCAAAUGUCUUGUCGGCAACAGCCACCACAAUAACAACAACAACAGCAGCAGCAACAACAACAGCUGCAGCAGCGUCGUUAUUGGCGGCACAAAUGGUGAUCAUGAUUCAUCAUCGUCAUUAUCGAAUGUUUUGGCAUCGAAUAUAAAAACUUCUUUAUCAAUGACUUCAUUGCCACCGGAUGAAAAACAGGAAAGUCGUGACGGUAUUAAGGCUAAAUUGAAGGUGGAGAGGCCUUACAAUAGUUUAAAGAAAAACACGGAUCGCAAUUUAACCAACCAAUUGGCCCAUAUGCAUUCAUCCAAGAGUCAUGCCAACAAUGGCAACAACAAAUACAAUCGCUACUCCUGGGGUAGUGGUCAUAGUUCUUCAUCUUUGCAUAGCAGUGCUGCCACUUUGGGCAUUGGUUCGGGAAAAGAUGAUUUAUGGGCUGCCAUACAAACGAAUUACAAUUAUAUUAUGGACACCAACCUCUUGGACACGUGCAAAGAGGCUAGGUGUGAGCUAGAGGGCGCCACCAAUGUUUUGGAUAAUCCUAUGGAUACAAGUUUUAAGCUGCUUGAUGAUAAUAUUCGCAAUGUGGGCUCUUGUGAAGAUCCCAAAGAAUUACGUAAAUGGUUGCGUGAUAUGGAACACAAAUUGGAAAAUGCUCCCACCUUAUCGGAAGCCACCAUGUUGACCUGUGCUGAGUUGGAAUCACAUCUAAAUGAACAUUCGGUGUUAUACCAUGAAAUAGUAUCACACGCUCGAGUAGUAAGUGGCUGUAUAAGAGCUGCAUCUGAAAAGGAGCAACAGCAACAGAAACAGCUUCAACAACAACAACAAUUGCAACAGCAGCAGCAACAACAACUGCAGCACGAUUCAUAUAAUACAGAUGCCAGUUUAAUUGCGGAACAAACUAAUUCCUCACUUUCAUCAACAGACGAUACUGCAACAACUAAUACCACCACCACCACCACCAGUACCACAGCAACAUCAUCAGGUGUUGUUUGCUCAGCAGCCUUAACAUUAUCAUCGGAUCAUCAAAUUAGUCCUAAUUCAGCAGUAGCAAACGCAACAACAACAACACAAACAUCCACAACCGUUGCUGCCACAGCUCAUCCGUCUAAAAAAUCGGAUAACAACAAUUUAGAACGUUUACAAAAUCGCUAUCAUUUGUUGUAUUUAAAAGCUUUCGAGGUACAAUUGUGGCUGGAUGGUCUGCUGCGCAAGAAAAGUUCUUCAGUGGGCAAUUUAACUAAUGAGGAUUUAGAUAGUGAAGACAUUGAUGAUUCAAUUGAUUAUUCCGACGACUGUUUAGAUGAUGGUCUUCUUAAUGCUAAUGACGAAGAUGGCGCCACUGAAGAUGAUUUAAAUGAUGUGGCUUCCGAUUUAGAAAGUGACAUAACACAUAAUUCAUUGUCAUAUAACGACGAUUUGCAACAACAUAACAACUACAACAAUCACCAACAGCAACAUUUGCAACAUCAGCAUAAGAAACAGCAAAAACAACAACAACAAAAACAACAAAAACAUCAACAUUGUCAUUCAAGUGACAUCGAUGAAAACCAAACGAUAAACGUGUCUUCUCAUCAUCCACAUCAUCAUCAUCCUCAACAUCUUCAAUCUUCUCGUGAUUGUAUUCAAACUAAGAUUGAUUGUGAAAACGGUGACGAAGAAGACGACGACGACGUCGAAAUCGAAGAAGAAGCCGAAGACGGCGACGACGAAGACGAAAUAGAUAGUCCUAAUCAUAAAAAUCAAUUGGGUUACACCAAAUUACUAGUCACAUUCGAUCGUUCCAGUGGACGAUCAUCGGCGGCUGCCCAACACAAAACCUCUGUUACUUUAACCGAUUUUGAGGCUGAUUCCGAAAGUUCGGAUCUAGAGACCAUACAACGUUGUAUGCGCUCCUCCAAUCAACGUAAUAACAAUAAGGCUCACUACACGGCCAUGUCCUAUAAGUUUUUAACAAAUAACGGUGUUAGUUUGUUAACGAAUCACAAUAAACGUGGCACAACUUGUGGCACAGUAACAAAUGUAAAUUUGGCUGCAUUUAAUGCGGCCAUUAAUAAUACUAGUGAACUAGAAAGUUGUGAAAUAGAUGACAUGCAAACUACGGCAGCAACAGCUAUAACGGCAACACUAUUAAAUGAGCACUUGCAACAUAAACACCAGCAACAGCAGCUACAACAUCAUCAACAACAACAUCAGCAAAGAGUUACCCUUAUGGCAAUUACACAAAACGCCAUGACAACAGGUUCAACAACAAGCACAGCAACACAAUCUUUAGGCUCAACUGUUGCCACUUCCACCACAAGCAACAACAGUAACAGCAGUCACAGUAACAGUGGUAGUGGUAAUAAUAGUGACAGCAUGAGUAAUACCAGCUCAAUUGGUGUUACAGCAAAUGCUGUGGCAAAUCAACACAAUCACAACACUAACAACAACAACAGCAAUAAUAAUAAUAACAAUAUAACAACAAAAUUAUUAGCAGACAAUGAAAGUAAUCACCAACAUCAUCUACAGCACCACCAACAGCAGCAACAUAAAAUGAACGGUGGUCUAGCAAUGAAACAAAAAAAUAUUGCCAUUAUUUCACCCAACAGUCACAAAAACUACCACAAUAAACAUUCACACCAUCCUCAGCAACAUCAUCAUCAUCACCAUCAUCAUGGAAGUGGCGGCGGUGGUGGUGUUGUUAGUGGUGUUGUUGUUGGUGGUGGCAACAACAAUAAAUCGCCUACGGUAUUGCGCAAACAUCAUGAACACCAUCAUUCUUCAGAUAUUUCAAAAUUCAAUCGUUCAAAUCGCAAAUCGAAAAAUUGUGCCAUUUUCUAUUUUAAGCACUUGGACACAGACAACGAAACCAACUACAGCAACAGCAAUUGUGACGAUGAUGGCCAUGAUGAUGUUCGUGUUGCUGGUGGUGUUGGUGGCCUCGUCGCCACCACCGAUCAUCAUCUUCGUAAUGGAGAUGUUGAUGUCGAUGUUGAUGGUGUUGGUGAUGUCGAUAUGGAUGUUGAUGUUGAUGAUGACGAUGGUAUGGGUAAUGAUAACAUUGUUGGUGGCCUACUCUCCUCAUCGGCAGCCUCCUCUUCACACACAAGUGAUCUACUUAAAUCCGCUGAUGUUUCAUCGGAUGAUGAAGGUUGGUUGUAUACUUCGGCUCCAGUAGCUACAAAUCAAAAUCAGCAGCAACAUUCGUUUGGCGGUAUUGAAAGUUUGAAUUCCAAUCAUAUUUCAAGAGGCCUUGCAGCUUCCAAUGAAAUACACUUUAUAGAUGGUGGCAUACAAUCGUCUGCAGUAUCAUCUUCAACUGCCGCAACAUCUGUGGCAGCAACUACAGCCACAGCAGCAGCCGUUAGAGUGACUACAGCUGUAAUAGCUGACGAUUCUGAUAAGGAAUAUAAAGAGGCUAAAGCCGCCUGUACUACUUCGCUAACGCAGAUUCGCUUAACCACAAAUCAAGCAUUUGUAGCCAGUACCACAGUUGUGGAUAGCAACAGUAGCAGCUGCAGUAGUGAUACUAACGCAAACCCUGCCCAACUUGUCAACUGUGUUGCCAAUCCCAGAGGCAGCAGUUCCAGCAGCAGUAUUACCAGUAGUUCAUACUCAUCGAAUGAUCGGCUUACCGAGGCAACAACCACCACCUCUACCAAAACAAUUACAACACAAAUACUAAAAUAUCCAGCGCAGCAUCCUCAAUAUCGCAGCGAAAUGGAAUUACAAAUCAAUAACAACAAUAACAACAACAAUAAUAAUCAUCAACAUCGUCAAAUAAUGAUGAAAGAAAAUAUUUUAUCUAACACAGCCAACAAUAAUAAAUCAACACCAGCCACAAAUAUGCCUCAUCUUGUCAUCAACCACAACAGCAUUAAUAAUAAUAAUUGUGCCAAUUCACCUCCAUCAUCAACCACAAAUUCUCCCCAGCAUAAACUAAACCACCAUCAACAACAACAACAUUAUGCUGCCGCAGCAACAUCUCUUCAGAAUUCUUCGGCUCCAUCUGGAAUCCCGGCUGCUAAUGAUGCCAAUGGCAAUUUCGAAAAGGAAAAUAUACGCUUUUAUACACGUGCAGAUAUUUGCAAUAUCAGUGCCAGGACAUCAAACCCAGGCAAUGACAAUAACAAUCACUACCAUCACCAUCACCAACAACAGCAACAGCAGUUGGCAAAUAUUAAUGGCUCUGCAGCUUCAAAUACUUUGUAUGGUCAGCAUUUGUUGCAUGUAAAUGUUGGCAAACGUUUGCCACCACGUUCACCAGCCAAAUCAAGUAUUUCACAUACUUCCACAAAUACCAGCACAUCGACCAUUUCACCCACUAAGGGUAAAGUAUCGCAUGAAUCCAUCAAACAGUUGGUACUUGAAGCAGAGCAUUUAGUACGUGACGAAGCUUUGAAAACACCAACCAAACAAAAGCAUUCCAGUAGUAACAACAAUAAUAAUAAUAACAGUGCCGGCGGCGGUAAUAUAGUGCAAAUUUCCACAACCGUAAAAAAACGUGAAGUUUUAAUGCCGGGUCCCAUAAAAAGAGUACAAGAGUGGCUGGAACAUCAGCCCUCGACACCCGUGCAAAUGCAGAAAUCUUCAACAGCAUCAAAUCAUCAUCACUCUAAUGAUGAUCAUCAUCGUCAGUUAUCACCCGCAAGUGCUGGUCCCAGUCCAACACGCACCGAUGAUUGUGAGGCCUCCGGUGAAGCCUCAGAAACUGAUUCUAUACCCCAGCAUUGUUCCGAUACAUCGGAGGUAUCCGAUUCCAUAGCGACUUGCAUGCAAACCAGUACAAAUUCUUAUGGAAAUUCCACAGAACGUAUUGGUGGUUCAGCUGAACCCAUUGUCAAUGCUGCUACCAGUAAUCAAAGUCUAAAUGUUAAGGUGGUGAAACGUCAACAGAACAGACGUAAAUCGGAAAGACCCUGGUCGGUGUCCUGUCUCUCACAACUAACCACCGAUGCCAAUCAAGUGGCGGCCAAAGUUAAUACCAUUAGCAAUGUACAAUCUGGUUUAGCUUCACACUCGAUUAGUGAAUCAGCUUUAGAUUCCCUAUCGCCUGGCAGGCCUAGAGCCUCCUCUUCCUCGGCCGUUACACAAGUUAAAAGUUACGACAGUAAGGGCUCUUUGAAGAGACGUAAAACACGCAAGAAGAAACUCUCCUAUACUAAUGGCAAAAAAUCCGAUACUAAUUCAGAAGAUAAUAAUAAUCAUCCUCACCAUCAUGCCAUGUAUAAUCAUCAUCCCUCCACUCAUCAAGAGGAGCUGACCUUGACACCAAAAAAUGCUCCUACUUUGUUAAUGCAAACCUGUGAAAAUAUGACCCCUAAACAGAUUCAAGAGAUAACACAGGCUCUAAUGCAAUUACAAAAUUCCGAUUCAACGGAACAGUUACAAUUGGCCACCGGCAUAUUGCAGCAGCAUCAAUUAACUGCUGUGGUCAGUGGUCCAACAAAUGAAAGUGAGGAGGAGAAUCAUUUGAUGAAACCAAAUUUCCGUGUUGGUUCCUUUACCACUGCCUAUAUGACAAAUGAAGCUCGUUUGGGCUCUUUAGCCGCCUUGGCCACAUAUAUGAAUGAUGAGGAUCAGCAAGGAGGUGAAUACAACACUACCGGCACCGAAGAUCAUCAUAGUAGUUUCUCAGAGACAGCCUGGGAUAAUUAUCAAGAAAAAUACAAUUCGGAAAAUUAUUCAGAAGGUUUUGAUUCGGAUGCUGCCCGUAAACUUUUAGAAUUUGGUGAUGAUUAUCGCAAUUUCAUUGACUCCCAGUCGGAUUGUUGCUCUUCAUUGUCGGCUGCCAACAAUUUGGAUUCAUUCUCGCCACCUCGUAUGGAUUCAUUGCAACAGAAUGAAUCAAAGAUCAUCACACAAGAUACAAUUGUCAGUAGUGUGGAUCAUGCCAGACGUCGCAGAGCUUUAGAAUUGGAAUACGAAAGACGUCGCAAAAAUUUAGAAAUCAGACGCAAGUCUUGUCAAGAAUCUUUGGAAUAUCACAAUCCCAAAUCACCAGCCGUCACACUAUCCUCCUCCACACAGGCUUUGACUCCGAAAAAUUCUGAUCGUUUCAAUUUCCAACAUAAAAGUGAAACGGCAACACGUAAAUUAGAAUUUGGCAUGAGUCAUUCAGCUCAAUCGCUGCGCCGUACAUCGGAGAGUGAUACUUCACAGCGUCGCCGCAAGGCCGAUGAACGUAGACGUUCAUCGCGUAAUUUAGAGAAAUGUAUUAAAUUGAUACCAGCCACUUCAUCGUCAUCGGGCGAUGAUACAGAUGAUGAGAAGGAAAUACGCAAUCUAUUACAACAAUCGCACAAUCGUUUGGAAGACACAAAGGCAUUGAAAAUACGUUGUCAUCUUUUAAGACCAGAAGAUUAUACUGAAAUUAUAAACACUUGUCGUGAUAAUAUACGUUGCUUGGAAUCAGUUCUCAAAGGUCCCUCAAGUUCGGUUUUAUCCUCACAGUGUGUUACACAAUCUAAAGAUUUAUUAGCUGCCUGGGAGGAUUUAUUAGGCUGGAGCGAAAAUGCUGCUGCAGCACGUAAGAUGCAACAAGACAUGGUUGUCUUGAAACAUGCUCUAAAUCGUUUGGGCAAUAAAUCAUCAUUUGAAUUGUUAGAUACAGAACCGUCAAUACAAAUUGCUAUUGAAGCCCUAAAGAAUGAAAAAACUCAAUUACAAACGUAUCGCACUAGUAUGCUAAAACUUAAUGCUUCCGUCCAUAGUUGGCUAACGAGACAAGAGAGACGUUUACAAAACGCACUAGUUGAACAACAACUAACCGAGGCGGCUGCCAAAGUUAGCAAUGAGUUGUUAGAAGAAAAAGACGAAUUGGAGUCCGAACCAUCGAACACACAGCAGACUGCCUUAGCAAUUGUUGCUGGCAAACAAAUGUUGCAAGAACAAUUCGUAGAUACAACAACAGCAGCAGCCAUAAAAACAACAGAAACAACAACAACCAUGAUAACUGUCACUGAUAGCAAUGGCAAUCAAGUGGAAUCACAUACAACCACUGCCACGGCCACAGCCACCACAAAUACGGUAGGAACCAGCACUGCUCAACAGCAGCAGCAACAAUUGAUGAUGCAGUCUGGCAGCAGUUGUAGUGGCUCUGAAAAGAAUUGGGAUUUACAGACGUUGAUAACAUCAGAAACUGAAUUCCAUAAACAUUUGAAAGAUGAAGUCAGUGAUAUGUACACAGCCUGGGAUGAGGCUGAUGCCAGAAUCAAUACACAAUUGGAAGUUUUAACUUCUUCUUUGAUUGCCUGGCGUCAAUUGGAGUGCGGUCUUUCGGAAUUCCAAUUGGCUUUGGGUCAAGAUCGUGGCACUCUGAAGGGCUUAGAAGGUGCUCUCAAUACGGGUCAAGCUACUCCAGGAGAGCUGGCUCAAAAUGUUAAACUGGUGGCUAAAUUGUUGUCCGAAAAAGUUAAUGUUAGCCAGGAGCAGUUAACCGCUGUUCAAGACUACCUGGAUCCCAAUCACAUUUUACACAUUGCCAAAUUUACCGCUUCCAAUGGUUCUCUAUCCGACUCUGGCAUCUCAGAUGGUGGCACCACCUCUGACGGAGGCCUGUCAGAACGUGAACGUAGACUAGGCGUCCUAAGACGCUUGGCCAAACAACUGGAAUCGGCGUUGGCACCUGGCAGUGAAGCAAUGAAAUCCAUAGCAGCACGUAUGGAAUCGGCGGAAAAUGAAUUGAAAAGUCUACAAAACACUUGUCGUGAUCUGAUAGUGAGAACAGCAGCUUCUCAUCAAAAUAAGAAACAGCAACUGCAGCAGGAGGCUUCAGAUAAACAGGAGGAACAAAAAGAUUUAAGCACAAUUAAGCCGGCACCACAAACAAAUGGUUCAAUUAAAAUGUCUGCCGAAACUAAUGGUAAAUUGAAACAAACUGCACAAGCCGAGGAAACUGCAAAUGCAGCUAAUAACUCGCAAAUGUCUAACAAACGUAACAGACGUAAAACUAGACGUAACUCGUCCAGUUCGAAUGCUGUUGCCUCAGCUGAUAUGUCACAAACUAAUGCCUUGCAAAUGACCUCGACAGCGGCCGGCGAUGGUGGUGAUGAUCCCUCAGAUGAUCCUAACAUGGGCUAUGAAUUGGAUUCCUCCGAUGAUGAACUUACACCCAAAUCGAAACGAGGCUGGGGUUGGCGUAUAGCCAGAGUAGCGGUACCCAUGCAAUUGGCCCUCUUCGCUGUCUAUUGUGCUGCCAAUCUCAUGCAACCCAAUUGCUGUGACAACAUUAAUAAUUUCUCGAUGAGUUUUGCGCCUCAGCUACGUUACAUACGAGGACCACCACCCAUUUGAAGGGCAUUUGCAAGAGCCAUGAAUUCAGAAAUCAUAAAAAACUUAGCAAAGCAAUUACUGGCUUUAAAGCCUAUUAUAAAUAUUUUGCAAAUUUUUUAAGGUCUCUUAAAGAUUUUAGGGAUUACUCAUAAGAUAAAAACAGUACGCUGUUUAGGUAAACCCCACGAUUUACUUUUAUUACAAAAGGGGACCGUUAGAAGUUAGAACAACUACCGAAAUGUGAUGAAUUUCAAAUCAAAAUUCAUCAUUAUAUAGGGCAUUGUCGUUGUAAGAGUACUACUAAGCGAUAUCGCGUUUAUAUAUUGUAGCGUUAUGAUUUUUAUAAGAGAAGCAGGUUUAGCUAAAUAGCAAGAAAAACCGUUGAGCUUUAAGCAGUUUGUAAGGCAGUCGUAAGGAGUUUGUAAGAAGUUUAUGUUUUUUUUUAUUAUAAAGAAAUUAAAUUAUUUUGUUUGUUUUUUUUAAUAUGUAUUUUACUUAAAAUGAAAAGAAAUGCUAAUUGCGAGUUAAGAUAAAUUGAUGAACGCAUUUACUUAUUUAUACAAGUUGUGGAAAAUAUAAAACGCUUAAGGUAACUACAGAAUCGGAAAAGUAAAGAUUUUUUUGUGUAAGAUUAAUGAUACAAAAUUUACUAAAACCAACUUCUUUUAAAAAAAGAGCUAUUUAAAGAGCAAAGGUGAAAGGCAGGUCAAAGCUAAUAGCUGUAAGUUAAAAUGCUGAAACAUAUAGGCUUACAUUUGCCAAAUCAUAUUUGAAAUAUUAGAGUACUAAACUUUAAUAAUGUUUAAAAAUUUAAUUUAGCAACAGAACAGUUUAAUUUUCAAAGUGUGGCACUAGCAUUGUGUGUUAAAUCCAAACACCCUGUCCAAAUUAGCAGAUUUUUUCAGCGUUUUGCUGUUAUUUAUUUCCAAAGUUCCUAAAACCUUUAUUAAACAGUAAAUAAUCAAAUUUUAUUCGAUAUAAAAUAUGAUAAAUGAAGUUUAAACAAUUUUAUACACUUAUCUAUAGAUUUUCAAAGAAUUUAUCAAUUUGUUUCAUUUCUAAGAGUCUUUCUUAUUAUUAUUGAGGCAAAUUUUCAAAAUCAAUUACAUAUUUCAGUUAUCUUUCAUUUGCAUUUUACCUUUGCAUGGCUCUUUUCCUAUUUUUUACUAAAAAUUUCAUUCAAAAUUUUGUAUAAUUUAUAUUUUUAAAACCUAAACUAUGUCUAUAAAGAAUUUUACUUUAAAAAGUCUUUAAUUUUAUAAGAAAAAUAUUCUAUAAUACUUUAAUUUAUGUCUUAUUGUAAAUUCUAAUUAUCUUUCUAAAAUUUUGUACUAUACCUUAUAAAUUUACUAUUGUUAUUGCUAUUAUUUAACUAAUUUAAAAUUGUAUACUAUUAUUUUAAUAAAAUUACUCACACCUAAAAGUAAACUUAAAAUUUGCAAAUGAGAAUCAUGUUUUUCCUGAAAAAUUUUGAACACUAAAGGAAAUAUCGAGGGAUUAUAUUCAACAAGGGCUAUCUGCAGUAUAGACUUUUUGAAUAUAAGCUUUCGAUAUAUAUUUUCAAAAUACUUGCAAUAAAAAGUAUUUUGUUAAUGUUUGUCUUAAUACAGCUGUAAUACAAGUUGGGGUUCCAGUAGAACCUGAAGCAUAUGGAAUUGUCAGAAUGUCUCACUUUAUUAUAUGACAAUUUUAGUUUAAAUCUAAAGUUGUACUAAGGAGACCUGAGGGUCAAAUUACGGCUUUCAAUAUUGAGGGAAAUUUCAUUAGAAUUUGCUAGGAAAUUUUAAUCGGUAUUGAUUGACGAAAUUUGCGCUCGGAAAGCUAGAUAAAACUAUCCAGCUUAAAAAUUGUUUAUAUGAAAGUCAUUUAAAUCCAUCAAAGAUAUAAUAUUGUAUGGCUGGAUAAAAAGAAUGAUAAAACAAUAUAGAAUCAUUAUCAAUACGGACAUUUUAAAGGUAUUUUUAAUGAAAAGUGAAUUGAAAUUUAAUUUUUUACUUCAAUCAAAAUAUUCACAUUACCAAACAACAUUUAAACAUUACUUUAAGUAAGUGAAUAUUCCAUAUUAAAUCAAUUAACCUACAUUUUGUUUUAUUUACCAACAGUUUUUGUUAAAAACUUUAAAUUUUUGCAAGAAAAAAACUAUACAAAAAGUGCCUAGUUAAAUAAUAAAACAAAUGUAGUUAGCCAAUAAAUUGAAUAAAAUAUCAAUUAAAUCAAUGUACAACCAUUAAAAUCAUAAACCACUUAACAAAGCAAACAGAAGCUUAAUGUUUAUUAAAGAAAAAAAAAGGAUUUUCUUGUUUAAAAUUCAACAAGAAAUCUCCCCAAAUAUCAAACAACAAAAACAAAAUUAUAUCAUCUUGUAUUACUUUAAAGGUUCUAUUACAUUAAUAGGUGUUAUGUUUAAAUUUAAGUUCAAUCAAUAAUUUUAAUUAAAAUUAAUUAAGUAUUUUAAUUGUUUAUACAUUUCGGCAAAACAAACAAACCAACCAACCCACAAAAUUAAACAAUUGAAAAUAAACUAAAAACCCAUCUUUAAUUUUUAUGAAAUUUAUUUAUGUAAGAAGCAUGAAAAGAAAAACAAAAUUGCAUAUUUUUUUAUUAUUAUUAUUAUUGUAAUUAUACAUAAUUUAUGAUGUACUUUAAAUCUUAAACAUAAUAUAUUAAAAUUUAAUUUGGUAAUUUCUAGGUUAAACUUGAUGAAAAUGUAGGGGAGCUAAAAAACUCCACAAUAAUAUGAUAAACAAAAGAAGAAAAAGUUUUAAAAAAUAUAUAUUUUUUGCAAAUAAAGAAAGAACAAAAAGAAAAAAUAAA